AUGGUUGCGACCUCCGUGAUCAGCAAGGGCUCUGAGACCCUGGAUGUCUUCACCAGGCGAUCGCAGCCCAAGAUCGAAAUCACCCUGCGAGAUCAGAUCCCGGGCCUGGUCAACUCUUAUACAACAGGGGACCAAAUCGAGGGAACCGUUACCAUCGCUGUCGAUCAGGAGACGCGUUUCGACGAAGUGGAAAUUGUCCUACAAGGUACCUCGCACACCAUGGUAGAGCGUGCCGCAUGUCCGGGCCGCACAGGAUCCCAGCAGAUGUUCCUCAAGCUCCGCCAACCUGUUGAUGAAACAGACUACCCAACCCCACGAGUUUUCGAAGCAGGUCGUAAAUACAGUUUCCCCUUUACAUUUGUUGUCCCCGAGCAUUUGCUUCCACAAGUGUGCACCCAUUCCAAGUACAACCACCAAGUCCACCGAUCUCACACCAUGUUGCCGCCGACUUUGGGAGAUCCCAUGCUGGCUGGGAACGGAAAGACUCUGCUUGAUGAUAUGGCCCCAGAUAUGAGCCAGAUCUCCUAUAUCAUUCGUGCUGCAGUCAAUAAGAGGUCCACAGCCGAUCAUCGUCAGAUCAAAGCAUUGGCCAAUUUUGCGAAGAAGGUUCGCAUCAUUCCCAUGGUCGAGGAGGAGGCCCCCAUCAACACGGUCGAUCACCCAUACUUCUGUGCUCGGAAGGAGAAGAGCGUGAAGCGUGGGUUCCUGCGUGGAAAGCUAGGUCGAUUGGUAGCCUCAUCUGCGCAGCCAAAGCCCAUUCAACUGUCACCUCCGAGUUGUGAAUCUCGCGAUACCGUGAGCACGGUGGCUACCGUUCAGCUUCGAUUUGACCCCGUGGGAAACGAGCAACCGCCGCGCCUCGGCUCCAUGGUCAGUAGAAUCAAGGUGAGCACUUUCUACAGUCGGACAGACCCUGUUCACCGAGACCGUCCCCUUAUCAAAAUGUGUGUUGCCUCCGCCCAAUGGCAGAAACACUCGAUUUUCUCCGGCACUGAUCGCCGCGACUCAUUGAACUCAACCUCCUCGACCACCUCGACCUUUUCGGAGCAGUCAAUCAGCCCGUCUUCCGAAUUCCUCGGAGAGACCUAUUAUACCGCAUCAGUUGUGAUCCCCAUCACACUUCCCAUAAACAAAACCUUCGUGCCGACCUUCCACUCAUGCCUGAUAUCUCGCACAUAUUCCCUCGACCUCUCCCUCACAUAUCACACUCCUGGCACCAAUGUCUUGACCCCAACAAUCUACCUACGUCUGCCGAUCCAAAUCACCACCCAGCCAAAAUACGAUACCCUCAAGUCUACCAUCGAGGGCGUGAUCGUCACUCAAGAUGAAGUGAAUGCAUUCUUCCAGCCCCGUAUCGUGAGCCCUCCCACCACCGAGGCAGUCAUCGACCUAAGCCUAGCACCGCCCGAGUACUCGGAGACCAUUCCUACAAUCCCCCGUCCCUGCUGUAUGAACAGCAAGUGCAUAUUUCUGUCUUUAGCUUGA